CCCGUUUAUCAUUUCUCAUCAUUCGCUUAAACCUUCGAACCCUUUUCUUCUCUCUCCUCCUCUCACUCCUCAGUCCGGCGCAACACGGCUGAUUCAAUCGAGCAACCAGUGACAGGCAAUUUAAGUUAAUUGUAGAAGCAAGACUUCCACUGUAUCCUGCUGAGGAGCUUAGUGGGUUUCAGAAAAUGAUACGAAUCUUAAAGAUUAAACCUGUGACGUCUUUCAUUGAGUCUUCUUCAGGCCAUAACUUCCUUCAGAGAUGCUCUGUAAGUGGGACGGCAAAGGGUAAAUCAAAGACAAAAGCUGCGGGACCACUGAAGCGGUCAAAGAUAACUGUAAAAAGGGGUUCUGCAGCUCCUGCUGCUAAAGGUGGAGGAGGUCACAUAAGUCCAGCGGAAAAGUUAUAUGAUUCGUGCUUAAAUGCCCCAACGCCGGUUAGGUGGUUACCACCAGUACAAAGAAAACGUGAAAUAAAGCGAGAGAAGAUGGGACUGAUUAGCAAAGAGCGACAGCGUGAGAUUGAGAUGCUGAAGAAAGAUAAGGGAAAAUUGGGAAUCCCAGAAAAACCAACAAUUAUUGGAACACCUGGUUUGGAUUUGAUAUCACUAGGUUUGGUUGAUGUGGAGAAGAUACCAAAAUAUAACCUGACUGUUGAAGACGGUAGAAAGCUUGCAAAGGAGUAUAGCAGGGUCUUGAUGAGGCGUCACCGUGCAAGGCAGGCAGCAGAGUCCACACUGUUGCGGUUGAAGAAGGAGGCGAUUGAGGCAUUGCCUGAACAUUUGAAAGCAGCAGCAUUGGUUCCAGAUCUUACCCCGUUCCCAGUAAACCGGUUCAUGGCAACUCUGACUCCUCCAAUUGAAGGUUAUAUUGAGAAGGUUAAGGAAGCUGCAAGAAAGAGCAGUGCGAAGGAGAAGCUCAGAUAACUGGAGAUUGCGUUAUGCUUGCGAGGUAGGAGAUCGUUUGUUAUCAGACAACCAGCGCUUACUGAAGUCGGAAGAGAGCUAGUAUUUGAAUUCACGAAGUCAGCGUGUUGGUGAGGAAGCGAUGAAAUAGUAUUGCGGAAUUAGAUCUAGUGCUUCGGUUUUGGUUAUUAGCAAUAAUCUGUUUGAAUGCUUUCGGAAAUUCAAUGUCGGAUAAGUUUAGUAUUUUGACCUAAAUUUUUGAGUUUUACAUGUUUGCAUGGUUUCAUGAUAUAUAUUGAACGCAUUAGAAACUUUCUGUGCAA